CGCGUGCCGUGAAUCUAAACUCGGAAUCGCUACUACUCCUCGGCUCACCACUGAUGUCACCGACACGCUGCUCUCGCCGCCGCGGCCGCCGCCUGUAGGUUCUAGCGAUCCACCGAUGGCGAGGCCGGCGGCGAAGGCGCUGCCGCCCAAGCACCUCGUGGCGCUCGCCGUCGUCGCCAUCCUCGGACUCUUCCUAGUCGCCGACUACCUCUGGGCCUCCUCCCGCUCCGCUGCCCCCUCCAUCUGGCCCUCGAGGGUCGAUAUCUCCACUCGCCCCACGGCGUCGCCGCCGCCCUCGGCGAAUAAGCAAACAAAGGGCAAUGCAUCUACAGGUUCCAUGGACAUAAGUGCCACUUUUGCGGAUUUGCGAGCACCAGAAUUGCAGUGGGAGCAGAUGGCUGAAGCACCGGUACCACGUUUGGACGGUGCUGCUAUACAGAUUAAGAAUCUCUUAUUUGUGUUUGCUGGAUAUGGCACCAUUAACUAUGUGCAUUCUCAUGUGGAUAUUUACAAUUUCUCGGAUAAUACAUGGGGAGGAAAGUUUGAUAUGCCAAAGGAAAUGGCACAUUCACAUCUGGGGAUGGUUACAGAUGGAAGAUAUAUUUACGUAGUAACUGGACAAUACGGCCCUCAGUGUAGGGGGCCUACAGCUCGAAAUUUUGUGUUGGACACUGAAAGAAAAGAAUGGCAUGAUUUGCCUCCACUGCCAGUUCCUAGGUAUGCUCCAGCCACACAACUUUGGAGAGGGAGGCUUCAUGUGAUGGGUGGUAGUAAGGAGGACAGACAUGAACCUGGAGUUGAACAUUGGAGCCUCGCAGUUAAGGAUGGGAAAGCAUUGGAGCAGGAAUGGAGGAGCGAGAUACCAAUCCCUCGUGGUGGUCCACAUAGGGCAUGUGUUGUUGCUAAUGAUAAGCUCCUUGUUAUUGGUGGUCAAGAAGGAGAUUUUAUGGCCAAACCUGGAUCACCUAUAUUUAAAUGUGUUAGAAGAAGUGAGAUGGUGUACAGUGAUGUAUACAUGCUUGAUGAUGAAAUGAAGUGGAAGGAACUUCCACCCAUGCCGAAGCCAGAUUCACAUAUAGAGUUUGCCUGGACGAAUGUCAACAAUUCUAUAAUUAUUGCUGGGGGAACUACAGAAAAGCACCCAAUUAAUAAAAGAAUGACCUUGGUUGGUGAAGUAUUUCGGUUCAAUUUGGAGACACUGGAAUGGAGUGUGAUCGGGCGGUUACCUUUCCGGAUCAAGACCACGUUGGUAGGAUACUGGGAUGGCUGGCUGUAUUUCACUUCCGGGCAACGGGACAAGGGCCCAAGCAACCCAUCUCCUAAAAAGGUUGUCGGGUGCAUGUGGAGAACUAAGUUGCACCUGUGAUUUUUCUAAAGGAGAACUGAUUUUAGCAGAGCAUUCUUUCAGUAUUCUUUUCGGUACAUAACCGUUCGAUUCCCCCCCGUUGGUGGGCGAGUUAGUUUAUUGUCAUACGAAUUGGUUGGCUUUGUUGUGCACUUUCACAUCAUGCCACUUAUUCUGUUGUAUGCUUAUAUUUUGCGGUUAUACUUACAUCACAGAA